UCCUGGCUGGGAUUAAACUUAUAACAAAAUAAUAAAUGUGGCGUUUUAAUAGAAUUCGAAGUGUUUCUAUAAACUUCUCAAAAAGCUAUGUAGGCUUGAAUAAUGCACUAGGUGUUAAGCCAGUCAGGUGGUUUUUGAACAAGCAUGCUGAGGCUUAUAAUGGUCUAAACGAGAGUGAGGAAGAUUCUAAGGAAAAUAUCUCUAGUGAUUCUGACCAAUACGAGAGCGACCCAGAGCUAAAUUCUAAAAUUGAAGAAUCAUUCUCCCACCUAGGCUUUGGCUCAGGAGUCUGGAGCAACAUCACAGAAUAUGAUUCUACACAUGAAGAAACUUCAGAUGCUGAGCAGACUAGUGAGUACGAAGAUUUAGAGAAAUUUGAAAGGAACAAAACUGAACACGAAAAGGAGGAAUUUGUAGCCAAACCAGAGAAAACAAAUCAUUUUGCCGAUCUCUUGUCUCAAAGAAUCAAAGAAAUUGAAACUGAGCAGCAUGACAAAUUCGAAGACUUUCAAAAGCCUAAGCAGGAGACUGUUACACCUGGAAUAUUUGACAAUAUUAGUGAAGAAAAAGUUACUGAAGAACCUAAACAAGAGCUUGAGGAUGUUUUAGAAGAAAAUUCUGAAGAAAUGGAAGAAGAAUUUGAAGCCAUGCUGCAAAUUUUAGAAGACCAAACAAUCUAUUCCAACAAACUAGCACAUGAAAUGUUCGGGGAUUCAGAGACAUAUCUUGGCCCAAAAGGAGGAGAUUUACAAACUACAAGAGAAGAUUUUGCAAGGUCAAAUUUAGAUCCCCAUACUGAGGCAGGAAGACUUGAGUUAAAGGAGUAUAUUGAGUCAACAAUCAAAGAUUUGGACAAAUAUAGCACCACGAGAACAGAUAUAGGACAUCUCAUCAAUUACUUGAUGAUGAUUAGAGAAGUUCCUGAUUUUGUAUUUCAGCAUAUUGAUGAAAAUUUGCUUGAAGUGAUGAAUUCCCCAUUUGCUUCGAACGUUUACACAAGAGCAUUGGUUAACUCUCAAAACCCAAAAAUGGCAAAGAAGUAUCUCAAAAACCUCCUUGACUACAUUCUGGCUAAUGAGGAUAAUCAGCCUCAAACAGACGCUAUUGGAAAGCUGACUUUAAUAAUUACAAAGUACAAACUGAUGCUAGUUACAAAGUCAUAUCGUAAUAACAGAGCUGCUUUUAAUGCUAUAAAAAGGCAACUUAUCCCUUCAAAGAGUAGGAAAACUCAUAAAAAUACUACUAAAGUACCCCAGUGCCAACUAGACAAUGUCAGGAACGAAAUUCACGCUAGCUACACUGGAGAAAGAAGCAUGUUGAUAAGUAGAUUAGUAAACCAGAUCAAGCACAACAAAAUCGUUGACAAAGCAUUCAUCCAAAAAACACUUGACAUAAUCUCCGAGUUCCUCCCCAACCUCGACCUCAAAUGAACCUUCAUCGUCAAAAAUUUCCUAGCAUCCUUCGAACAAACACACAGAGCCCAAUACAAAUCCCUAUUUGGCCCCCUAAAAUCCCACUUAGCCUCCCUCUCCACUGCUGAAGAGCUAAAAACCCAAAAAGGCACCUAUCUCACCCCAAGAAUUCUAGAAAGUAUGCAGGAAAACAGGCAGAAAUAUACUUUGUUAAAGUACAUGCGGAGUUUUAAAACUGUCAAGAUGAAUAAUGAGGAUUUUAAGAGAGGAGUCGUCCUGCUCACGCACUGUUUUGAUAGGUGUCUCGAGGAUGAACAAUUAGCUCAAGAAUUAGGCUAUGUUGUCCCUUUGAUAGCUGAUCAAUUCAAGCCAGUUAGAAAAAUUGACCAAAAGAGGCUAGACGCUCUAAUCAAAAGAGAAUCAGAGAUUUUCAAAGCUGUUGACUACGAUGCCCAGGAAGAAAUUGAUGAGUCAAAGAUGGACCUCAAGCUCAAGGAAAUCUUUAGAAGUAUCAAAGACUAAUCUGAGAAUUCCAUAUAAAAUCCUCAUUCA